CUGUUCUUGGCAUGCACUUGACGUAACUUAGAGGCCAAGUUUUGUUUUUAAUUCCAAACGAAUAUUGGAGCCGAAAAGCGUAUAGGAACCGGUUUUCAGUCUUUGGCAAACUGCAGCAUAAAGUUAUUACGCAUACACAUACAGAUGAGUAUAUUUAGACACGCUUUGGGGCAAAAGAAAGUUUUGACGCAAUCGAAUUGCCGUUACUUGUAAUUUGUAAUGAAGAAGCGUCGUCGUCGAACGAGCGCCAAACCAAACAGUUAGCGCUGCACUCUGGCAGCGAGCGGACGGAGGAAUCGGUUGCUUGGAAUACUUGGAAUACUUUCGUUGAAUUUCGUAGAAAUGCCAUUGAAGACGCAGCCGCAGCAAUAAAAGUGAAAUCAGCACAAAUACCUUAACACACACACACCCUCAAAAGUCGAACCUAAAGUUGAGCUAUUGACAACAUUCGCAGACAGACUUUCGGCAGCAAAAUGACGCCAGCAGUUGCAAGCACUUCCACUGCCGCGCCCACAAACACCGCAACACCGGUCAGUCCACGUCGCACACACAGCACCCGUGAGCAACUGCAACAGAUUGUCGCCGGCGGCAUGUCAGCAGCCAUCACGCGUUCCACCUGCCAGCCGUUGGAUGUGCUUAAGAUACGCUUCCAACUGCAGGUGGAACCCUUGAGUGCAAGCUCCCAAAAGUUGGGUGGUCAGUUGGCCGAGACGCCAAAAGCAGCAACUGCGGUGCAAUCCUCAAAAUACACAUCAAUUAAUCAGGCGGUGCGCACUAUUUAUCGAGAGGAGGGUUUGCUGGCCUUCUGGAAGGGUCACAAUCCCGCCCAGGUGCUGAGCAUCAUGUAUGGCAUCUGUCAGUUCUGGACGUAUGAGCAACUCAGUCUGCUAGCUAAACAAACGCACUACCUCAAGGAUCAUACUCAUCUGUCGAACUUUAUAUGCGGUGCCUCAGCUGGAGCAGCAGCUGUCAUUAUUUCCACACCGUUGGAUGUAAUACGCACACGACUUAUUGCGCAGGAUACGAGCAAAGGAUAUCGCAAUGCCACGCGCGCUGUCACCGCCAUUGUACGUCAGGAGGGACCUCGGGGCAUGUAUCGUGGCUUGUCAUCGGCUCUGCUGCAGAUUGCCCCUUUGAUGGGCACAAAUUUUAUGGCCUAUCGUCUGUUUAGCGAAUCUGCUUGCACCUUCUUCGAGGUGGAAGAUCGCAGCAAGCUGCCGACAUGGACACUUUUGGUGCUGGGCGCCUCGUCGGGCAUGUUGUCAAAGACAAUUGUGUAUCCGUUUGAUCUAAUCAAGAAGCGUCUACAAAUCCAAGGCUUUGAACGUAAUCGUCAGACCUUUGGACAAACCCUACAAUGCAAUGGCGUUUGGGAUUGUCUACAGCAGACAGUGCGGCAGGAGGGAGUAAGAGGUCUCUACAAGGGCGUCGCUCCCACGCUGCUUAAGUCAAGUCUGACGACGGCCUUGUAUUUUAGCAUUUACGAUAAGCUCAAACAGGUGCGCUUCUAGUUACUACAUACAAACAUACACGCACAAACACAAUGGAAUCAAUUCUAUUCUAUCUAUAUACUAUAGACACAUAAGUAGGGGAAAAGUUGAUGGCACCGAAUCUACUAUUUUUUAUAUGCAAAUUUACAGAAAUGAGAAAAAAACGAAAAGAAAAAACACAAUUGAUAUUAAGCAUAAUUUAUCUGUUAAUUAGUUGUUGUCUUUAGUACGGGUUUGUUUUUAUAAUAAUUUGUAUCUCUAUAAUAGCCUUACAAUAUAUGCAUAAAUGCAUAAUCACUGCAGUAAUUAAAAUAUUAUUGCAUA